AUGUGUCAAUCCCCUCUGCAUGACUUUAUUCACGGUCUCCCCAAGUGCGAACAUCACGUCCACCUGGAAGGAUGCCUCACGCCCGAAUUGAUCUUUCAUCUCGCGGAACGCAACGGCAUUCAACUCCCUUCCGUGGCUGAGAAUCCAGCCUAUGCUUCCGUCGCGGCGCUCGAGACCCGCUACGAGCAUUUCACGUCACUGGAUGACUUCCUCGCUUUCUACUUCGAGGGUAUGGCCGUGCUCCGCACCGAGCAAGACUUCACCGACCUGGCAUCGUCAUACUUCCAGAAGGCGCACGCCGACGGCGUUCAUCACGCCGAAGUGUUUUUCGACCCCCAAGUCCACCAAAGUCGCGGCGUGUCCUACGCGACCAUCGUCAAUGGCUUCUCAGCCGGGUGCAAGCGCGCCGAGACCGAACUGGGCCUUAGCACGAGGCUGAUCAUGUGCUUUGUGCGCCAUCUGCCCGUGGCCUCGGCGCAACAGGUCUAUGAGGAGUUCCUGAGCCACGAGCAUUUUGGCGCCGGGAUUGUGCAUGGCCUCGGUUGGUCGUCCUCUGAAGUGGGCCCGCCCAAGGACAUGUUCCGAGAUAUCUACGCAUCAGCGGCCACGAAGGGAAUCCCCUUGACGGCGCAUGCGGGCGAAGAAGGCGAUCCAACGUAUAUCAGUACUGCUCUCGAAUUAGGAGCGACGCGAAUCGACCAUGGCAUCCGACUGAUCGAGGAUCCCGAGUUACUGAAGCGGAUUGCGGCCGAGGGGACGCUGUUGACGGUGUGCCCGUUGUCGAAUGUCCGCUUGCGCUGUGUUCCGAGUGUGGAACAGGUCCCGAUUCGGAAGUUCUUGGCUAGUGGAGUGAAGUUCUCGAUCAAUAGCGAUGACCCGGCUUAUUUUGGGGGAUAUAUUCUGGAUAAUUACUGCGCUGUUCAGGAGGCGCACCAGCUGACGGCCAUGGAGUGGAGGAUCAUCGCGGAGAACAGUGUCCAAGAGAGUUGGAUUCCCGAUGUGAGAAAGGCGGAGUUGCUGGACAAGAUUGAGGGCCACGUGAAGCAGCACUUGAUGGUUGUGGGAGAGGCAUGA